AGGGCGCUGUGUGCAGCUUGAAGCUCGGCGCGUGUUUCUUCCACAGCUACAGAGCAGACAACAUGGCGGCGUCCAGGAGGCGCAACGUGAAGAAGAGCGACGCCGAAAACAGCCAGAUUUCAUUUAAACAGGUCAUAAACACUAAAACAGAGCUCGUUUUACAAAGCAGGAAACAUGCGAACAGCGUGUUCGAUCUGCUGGAGUACUUACAGUCCGAAAAAGAGAGAGAAGUCGUUUUUGCAGUCAACGCCUGUCAGAAUUUAUUCUGCGAGUUAAUAGAGAGAGGAGAGCUUUAUGUUGGUGAGCUGCCGAAAGAAGAAGAGAUUCUCCAAGGUGAGCGAGAUGCCGAUGAAAAGUACCACAUAUUUAUAAGGCACCGUUAUAAUAGCUGUGUGGAGCUGCUGCUGGAGAACAUGGGCCAUGAAUCUUACCAAGUAACGGAGAGCGCACUGUGUGCCUUAAUGAAGCUGGCAGCAGCCGAGGGGAAGCAUCCUCUGCAGAAACAAGACUGGAGUCAGCAUUACAAUUUUCCCAGAGAGCUUAUAUCCGGUCUGGUGUGGGUUCUGCUCUCGGAGAAAAAGGACAUGGCUCUGCUUAUCUCCAGGUUUCAGGAGUUUUUAGAAAUGGAUGACGUGCGCUACUAUGUCAUGAAUUCGGUGCGAGACAAUAUACAUAGAGUGAUGGACCGAAACAAACGGGCCGAGAUGCCGGUGUACCAAAACAACGUAUUCACGAUGCUCACGACCAUCACCGUGCCAAGCCAGGGCACAGAAAUCACCAACUUCCUGACCAAGCAGGAGGCUAAAUAUGAAGACUGGAAGGCGGCUAAAUUAAAAGAGCACAAGCGAGCAUUUGAGCUAAUGUGGCUGACCUUCCUGAAGUACAAGUUACCAUUGAGCAUGUAUAAAAAGGUGCUGGUCAUCCUGCAUGACUCUAUUCUGCCCCACAUGGGCGACCCCACGCUGAUGAUCGACUUCCUGACUGCGGCGUAUAACGUCGGCGGUGCCAUCAGUUUACUGGCUCUGAACGGCCUUUUCGUCCUCAUCCACGAGCACAAUCUAGAUUAUCCUGAUUUUUACAAGAAGCUGUACAACCUGCUGGAGCCUUCUGUCUUCCAUGUGAAGUACAGAGCACGAUUCUUCCACCUAACCAACAUCUUCCUGUCCUCGAGCCAUCUACCGGUUUACCUCGUAGCAGCGUUUAUCAAGCGAUUGUCUCGGCUCGCCCUGACCGCUCCUCCGACCGGCUUGCUCAUAGUGCUGCCCUUUAUUUGUAACCUGAUUCGCAGACACCCAUCGUGCAGAGUCCUCAUCCACAGACCCAGUGCUGCCGAGGAAAUGUGCACAGAUCCAUAUGUGAUGGAGGAGGAGGACCCUGCCAAGUGCUAUGCCCUGGAAAGCAGUCUGUGGGAAAUUAAGACACUGCAGAAUCAUUACCACCCAGAUGUCUCUAAAGCAGCCAAAGCAAUAAACCAAGCUCUACCCGAGCCCGAGGAUGAUAUCAGCGAGCUGCUCGAACUGUCCACGUUUGAGCUGAUGGAACGAGAUCUGAAGAGACAAAGCCAGUCUGUGCCACUUGAGUUCGAUUCAGCCACCGGUUUGCUUCAGAGUCCCAGAGAAGUGCUGGGCCUCCAUUUCUCUCUGGAGUAGCUGCUGAUACUGUAUAAAGGAUCUAAUACCUUUUUU